AACCAUGUUGCAUGAUUCGGCCCAGUUUCGCGUUGCAGUCACUUCUUCGGAUGAGGGUGCAACAUCUUGAACUCCCCUCAAUCUUCCAUUCUUCCACCAUUAAACAUGUUCUCUAGCGACGCCAUGGUUUCCGCAGACUGUCUGUGAUCCUGACUAUCAACUUUCCCUGCCCAAUAUCACGCACACAUCGUCCCAACUCGAACUGCGCCCUCGAGCACGAUCCUUGACAGAUCAUCACACCCAGCCUCCAAUCGCUCUCCGUCUACAACAUGCCACCGCAACACGUAGAGAUCGCAGAGACAAUCGCGGCUCUGAAAAGGGCUCUGCGACGUGAAAAAGAAGCUCCCGCAGACCAAUCCAUUUCAGCAGCGACGAACCGGGGAAAUAAACUGAAAAAGGGUGCAAAUCAAGUUCACGCUGGUGCUCUACCCUAUGCAUAUGGUCCAAGCGGUUACAAACAGAAGAUCGAACAUGCAGGAUACACGAGAUACAUUCUAGACCGCAAGCCAAAACGCUACAAUGAAUAUGGAGACGAACUGGAAGACAGCGAAAGCGAUACCGAGGCAGAUGCCGACGCUGAGGACGAGAAUCCUUACGCCGGUAUUAGGUUGGAAGAACUUCUCUGUCCACUGAAGCAUCCUGCCGAACUGGCAACCCACCCUACCUUAUCUCUACCCUUCCUUGACAGUGCCCUACCUGAUAUGGUUCGAUCGAUAGAGGACAAACUUCGCCAGGAGAGGGCCAACCUGUGGCGGGCCAAGAGUCUCAAUAGACAAUUCAUGGGCGAUGAACCAUGGCUUCCAUGUGCCAGUGUUGAGGGCCCCGACGAUUGGGACAUGUUCGCGCCCAAGCCAAAGGUGCUCGCGCAACAGGCAGGCAAAAAGAGGAAGCGAGAUAGUGACAAAGACAUCACCCAAAACGGUGUCAAUGGGCAUGACUAUGCUCAUGAGGAUGAGCAUCCACAGAAUAAAGAAACUGCACCUGAAUCCCAGGCGGAGAAUGCCGAGGAUGCGCAGGUCGAUGGUCAGGACAACCACGGAGAAAAGACCGACCCUGAGAUCGAACAGGAAACAAAAGACCAGCCAGAUCCGAAUGAUGGUGACCUGCCUACCGCAAAUGGCGUUCACGCCGAGAACCAUACCGAAGUCCUCGACGUCGAGAAUGGAAACGUAAACAACGAAGAGAAUGGAGAACAGAACCUUGGAGAAGACACGGCCGAAAAGAUGGAGGUGGAUGAAGGAGACGACAACACCGCAUCUGACGAAGAAGCACCACAGCCAACGCGAAGGAUUACACGUGCCCUAGCAGCCGAGAACAAUGUCUUCAACACGGCAAGUCCUCCCUUGUCACCACAUUCCACAGCCUCAACCAUCGACUCGUCCCUACUACAAAUCGACCCGAUGUUCCUCCUGCCUCCCUCGUUCGCCCCCAACAACCGAGCACCGCGAAGUCUCUUUCGUUUCGGACUGCCUGUUGAGGAGUUUAUCGAGACGCGACGGCUUCUGACCGUGUACAUUCAAAAACAAGAAGAGAGCGUCCGAGGAUACGAAGCUGUUCUGGGCAAGCUCAUCAAGGCCAAGAGACUGCGGGACAAGGUUUGGGAAUGGUGCAAGACAGAAGGUCAUGUUGGUGAGUGGUCGGACGGAGAGGACUGGGUCGAUGCCGAGGCUUGGGGUCUGGCUCCUGAAGAACUCAAAAAGGGUAAAGAUGAAGAAGAAGUCGAGGGUCAGGAAGAGACAGGCAGAAAGGGCAAGAGGAGAAGACGAGACUAGAAAUCUCGACAACAAACUGUGACUCCUGCGAAGGAUAG